AGCGGGGGUCGUGUGGGACCGAGGGCAAAGCCCCCCAGGGCUCCGGGCACAGCGGGGGCUGCAAGGCCACAAGUGCUGGGGCGGCCCCGGGCCGGGUCCGGGCGGUGCCGCUGUCCAAGGGGGGCCGGGGUGGCCCUUUGUGACACGGGCACCUUCCAGGGCCCUUUGUGACACGGGACACAGGGGUGCCCGGAGACCCUUGUGACAUCACAGAGCCCUGCCCUGCCCACGGGUGUUUGAGGGGUACAGAGCCCGGGGGUGCCCACUCCCAGGAGAGCCUCUCUCGCAGGAGGAAGCAGCUCCAGGGAUCUCUCUGCCACAGAGGACGAGAGAAGUUUUAGAAGGAGAAGAAGACAGAGAUGGACAAGCGCAACUCCCAGCCCAGCCAGGGGCAAACUCCGAGCCUGCCCAGGGUGAGGGACAGGGAGCCAACGCUGCCAUCUCAGCCAAGGCAGCGACUGCUGCCACUGCGGCCACGAGUGUCACCACCGGCACGACAGCCAGGGCAGCCAAGGCAGCCAACAAUGUCACUGCUGCCACUGCUGCCACCACUGGAACGACAGCCAAGGCAGCCAACACUGCCAUCGCUGCCACCACUGCCAAGACAGUCAUCGCUGCCACUGCUGCCACCACUGCCAGGGCAGCCAAGGCAGCCACCACUGUCAUCGCUGCCACCACUGGCAGCACUGCCACGGCAGCCAACGCUGCCACCACUGACACGGCUGCCACGGCAGCCACAGGAGACAAGGAAGAUGGAGAUUUCUGAGGAGGAAAGGAAGAUGGAGAGGGACGAGAACAGGAAGAUGGAGAGGGACAAAAGCAGGAAGAUGGAGAUGGAUAAGCCAUGGCUGCCACCACUGCCAUGGCAGACAAGGAAGCAACAACUGCCACCACUGACAGCACUGCCACUGGUUCCACCGCAGCCACAGCCGCCACUGCCACCACUGCCCAAGCUGCCACAGCUGCCAGCACUGGCACAGGUGCCUCAGCUGCCACGGCUGCCACCACUACCCCAGCAGCCACCGCUACCACCAGUGCCACGGCAGCCCCCAGUGCCAGCUCUGCCCUGCCCAGAGAGCCCCAGGGACACCGUGAGCCGGGGCACAGAGCUGGGCAGCGCAGGGCACACGGGGCCACGGGCCCGCAGCCCCUCUCCCCGGCUGCCCCCACGGCCCGAGAGCCCCGUGCCCGGGCUGCUCUUGCCCCCCAGCACGGGGGCACAGGAGGCCCCAGCCCGGCCCGCGCUCGCUGCCGACGCCAGCUGGGAGCCUCUUCCUCUGCCGGCAGCUCCCUCGGCCGCUCCUGCCAGCCAGCACAGCCAACCCGGCACGGCACCGCUGCAGCACCAGCCUGGCACAGAGCUCAGCCUCGUCUCAGACACGGAGCUGCUGCAGGAGCUGCACAGGAGGGGCCUGCUCCGUGCUGCCACAGACCUCAGCCUUGUCUCGGACACGGAGCUGCUGCAGGAGCUGAACAGGAGGCUCCUGCUCCGUGCUGGCACCACAGAGGCCCCACUCCCGGCAGCCGGCCCGCCGCUCCUGGGGGGCAUUACAAGCCAAGGACAGUCCCAGCAGGAAGACGACGAAGAGCUGUGCCAAGGGACAGAUGGCCUUGGCAAACAAGUGUCCCAAGGGGAAGAUGUCCAGUCGGAAGGGGACUCCAAUGUCCAAGAGCUCUCCCAACUGGAAGAGGACAUUGGAAAACCACUGUCCCCACAGGAAGAGGACAUUUUAAAACCUCUGUCCCCACAGGAAGAGGACACUGGAAAACCACUGUCCCCACAGGAAGAGGACAUUUUAAAACCACUGUCCCCAGCAGAAGAAAACCCUGUCCCGUGCGGCCCCACUGACACGUCACGGCUGGAGCACCACGGGACUGGGAAGGAGCCGGACGUGGAGUCUCAGCUGGAGCACCCACAGAGGCGGCCCAGGAGUGGCGUGUUUGGAGGAAUGAAAAGAAUAAGGAACUGGUUCCGCAAGCCAAGAGACGAGGCAGCGGAACGGGAACACCAGAGGAAGCAGAAGUAUGUGGAGAAGUGGCUGGAAGCCCAUUUGUCCUGCAAUUACAACAUCAACGAAGAGAGGAGGCAGAAGGGUGAAGAGCUGGCACGACAGAAAGCCGAGCAAAGGGAACGGGAGUACAGGGAGAAGUACGAGGGCAGAGACGACUGGAUUGAAGAGUUUUUGCUCCGCAGUCUAUACUGCCCAGUCCCCAGAAAGCCAGAGCAGGAGAGGGACAGGCCCCAAGAGCCGGCCCAGGGGGAGCAGUCCAAGAGCCAAGGACUCGCCCAAGAGAAAGCUGACCAAGAGGAACGGCCGUGCCAAGGGCCGGGGGAGAACGACCAGGCCAAGGAGCUUUCUCAAGGGCAAGACAACAGAGUCCAGGGGCUGUCCCAAGGGCACGAUGACAAACCCUUGGGCCCGGACAGCGACGACGACCCCCUGGAGGGGCCCAGCUCUCUCUACAUCCCGAGCAAGUCCCAGCGGCCUCUCUCUUCCAAGCAACCAAAGGCAAACACUUCUCCAUCCACCAGUGAGGAGCAGACCCCAGCAAGGUCCCGCAGCUCCUCCCAGGGCAGCCAAGUUCUGCAGGACACAGUCCAGCCCCUCAUCGACGACAUCCUGAGCAAGGCUGUGCUGGAGGUGGACACUUCAUCCAUCAAUGAGUCCUACACCCCAGCAGGGUCCCGGAACCCCUCCCAGGGCAGCCAAGAUCUGUGGGACACAGUUCAGAAAUUAAUCCAGCACGUCCUGAGCAAGGCUGCGCUGGAGGUGCAGAGGUGUCCCCAGCAGCCACAGGAGCAGCACAAGCUGGGACAAAGCCCGGCUGCAGACGUGAAACCAGCAGUUGCAGCCCAGGCCGUGUCCCCAGGGGCAGAGGGCAGGGAAGCCCCCAGGGCUGUCCCCGGGAAACGUCCCUCCCUGUUGAGGCGCGCGCUCCGCGCUGUGCACAGGCUGUUCCGCUGGCCCCGCAGGCCGGCACAGCCGCACCAUUAGGCCCCGCUCCAGCGCCAGGCCCGGCCCAGACAGCGCAGGGCGGGCAGCGCUUUGCCGGGACCGACAUCUCCCGCAGACCAGCACAGCACGGAACAGCACGGGCGCCGCAACGAGGCCAAGAAGUGGCCACAGACUGGAGGGGGAUCGAGAGCCACAGAGACCCCCAGACCUCAGACCCCUUUCCAGAAAGGUCUGAAAGAACAGCCUGUGCAUGGGAACUCUUUGGCACAGAAGAGAGAAAGCCACCUUCCGCGGGGAACCCUGUCCCUGCAAAGGUACCCCCAGCAAGCCCAGCAGCCUGGACAUCCCUCCAGCUGCAUCCACGCUGGACACCAGACUGACCCCUUGCACAGGAUGGCGGCGUCACCCAUUCUCAGAGGAAGCUUUGCCCCAGGUUCCCGCAGACCGAGGGCACCACUCAGUCACCCCUGGCCCUUCAGUGCACUUGCAGAACUCACAGGGAAGGCCAGAGCUGCCACCAAGGAGGGAAGCAGAGCCCCGUGGCUGUGGGAAGGACUGACCCUUUGCAGGCUGACAACAUGGAAGGACCCUCCCCAGCUGGGCAAGCUUUGUGCAGCCGUGGUUUCUGUUGCACUGGGAGCAGCUCUUUCCCAUCCUGUCCAGAGCAAGACAAGGCCAUGACCCGGAUGGGAGUGCAGAGCAGGUCUGGCCUGACAGGACAGUCAUCCACGACCACAUCAGCCUGACAUUCCCUGAUGAUGGCAACGGGAUGAACUUGGAGCAGCUGCACAAAAUACUAAGGCACUGUGCAACCUCUCUGGAGUGCCCAUUAGUGGAGAGAAAGAGAAUUCAUAUGGUUGUGACUGUCUUUACUUUCAGUUGGCAACCAAGAGAAGAGACAGACUCGGCUCCAAUCCUUUGGAGUAUUGAUAAGAGAAGGUAGCAGAGAGGUUUCUUUCCCCUUUAGUGGAGAAGAUAGUGUAUAGACCCCCUUAUUAGAGAAGAUAGUGUACAGACCCCAUUAUUAGAGAAGAUUGUGUACAGACCCCUUUAGUAGAGAAGAUUGUGUACAGACCCCCUUAGUAGAGAAGAUUGCUCUGCCUGCAGCUGUACCCGUGGACAAGCUUGGAUUCCACCAGUUCCGUUCACAGCAAUGCAGCUGUGGCAGUUCCCUGCUUAGAGAGAAGCUGGAAUUCGUUGGCACUGGAGCACAUUGUCCCAGGAAGCGCCUACUCCCUGCCAGGACUAUUUGGUACCCGAAGCUGAGCACACAGAUCAUCCUGGGAGGACAAAGAGCCAAAACACAGCUGGUUUCCAAAGAUCCGUACCAGUCAGUGGGACUGACCAGGCUGGUUCCUGUCACUUCCUGUCCCAGCAAUCAGCUGUCUUCCCCCACACUUGUCAUGUGGGCAAAGGGAUACCACACUUGCAAGGGCUUCUCCAAAGGUUUUUCUGCCAGGAGUGCUCCAGGCUUUCAGAAGAGCAGCCCUGGGAGAGCAGCUGAGUGAUGACGGGAAGGAGCUGCAGAGGAAGAAGAAGGAGGAACGUCCCUUGGCUGUGCCAGAAAUUGUAACGUGCCUGAGGAAGUGGACAGUGAUGAUUUGAUAAAGGAGAAGGAGAAGAAAAA